AUGACUGAAACUUCUGGUCCAACUUUCAUCAAACUUGGACAAUGGGCCAGCACCAGACGAGACAUAUUCCCCAAGGACUUCUGCGAUCGUUUCUCCAAGCUGCACGUCCAGGUCAGACCCCACUCCUGGUCCCACACCAAGCAGUGUCUCCGUCGGGCUUUUGGGGAGGAGUGGAGAAGGGUGUUUGUGUUUGAGAGCAAGGAGCCGGUGGGGUCUGGCUGCGUGGCUCAGGUUUACAGAGGAUGGGCCAGGGCUGACAGGGUGGAAGAUCCAGUCUUUCAGAUACUGGUGGAGGAGAUGGACAAAGAGGGCCUGCUGGAGGCUUGGGAGAUCCCAGGUCUGAAGGCGGUGACUGGGGCACUGAAGAGGCUCUGGACCAGCAGGAUGCAGGACGAAGCCCGGGAGAAACCGCAGUGGAGAGAGGACGCAGAGACUGAGAAGGAAAAUCUGAUACCUGUAGCUAUAAAGGUGGUGCACCCAGGAGUCAGGAGACAGGUGGAGAUGGACCUUCUGCUGAUGAAAGCCGGCAGCUGGGUUCUCUCCUGUCUGCCCGGGCUCCAGUGGCUCAGUCUGUCUGAAGUCGUGGAGGAGUUCGAGAAGCUCAUGACCAAACAGAUCGAUCUCAGAUUUGAGGCUAAAAACAUAGAGCAUUUCAGACGCAACUUCCGCGAUGUUGAAUAUAUAAAGUUUCCGACGCCGCUGCGACCGUUUGUGACCAGGUCCAUUUUAGUAGAAACCUUUGAAGAAAGUGAACCAAUUUCAAACUAUCUGAAGUCCGAUAUUCCAGCAGAUGUAAAGCAGAAGAUCGCGAGGAUGGGAGUGGACACACUGUUAAAGAUGGUUUUUGUGGACAACUUUGUGCACGGAGACCUUCAUCCUGGGAACAUCCUGGUCCAGUCCCGAGCCCCGCCCCCUGACCCCGGUGAGUCUGUGGGGGAGGCCCAGGGUAAGACCCAGGGUAAGACCACACUCACAGACCUGUGGGACACGGUGGUGGUCAGCAACAGACCGGACCCCAGCCCCUUUCAGCUGGUUCUGCUGGACGCUGGGAUCGUGUCCCAGCUCAGCGAACACGACCGCUCCAACUUCAAGGCCGUCUUCACCGCCGUGGUCCUGCGCCAGGGUGAGAGGGUCGCAGAGUUGAUCCUGAAUCACGCCCGAGCCAACGAGUGUCAGGACGUGCCGCUGUUCAAGCAGGAGAUGGCUCAGCUCGUAGACCACGCCCUCAGCGACACCCUGGCUCUGGGAAAGAUCCAGGUGGCAGACCUCCUCUCCAGAGUCUUCGGGCUGCUGAUCAAACACAAGGUGAAGCUGGAGAGUAACUUUGCCUCCAUGGUGUUUGCGAUCAUGGUUCUGGAGGGACUGGGCCGGUCUCUGGACCCGAACCUGGACAUUCUGGAUCUGGCCAAACCUCUGCUGCUCCGAAACUCUGCGUCUCUUCUCUGA